AUGCCCGGAUCUACACCACAUAGAUCACGAUACACACCGUUACGGCGAAAUGCUACCUCUACGGACAUAUCCUCACGCAUACGAUCCGCCUACUUGUAUGGCCGCUCGUAUUUCGACCGAAUAUGGAAAGCUUUCCUCGCCCUUCCGCCGGAGCAGCGGUACAUCAUCUACCUUGCUGUCGCUAUCAAAAUGCUCAUUCUAGGUGUAGUGGUCUACAUCGGUCCAGAAGCCAUGUUCGAUGCCACAGCGAAGCUUGCGAUCUGGUUCGGCUCACAACCUUUCGGCGCGGCACUCAUAGUUGCGCUCGUCAUCAUCGUCAGCUUCCCACCGUUCAUUGGAUAUGGUACAUCGAUCACCCUUUGCGGUCUCGGCUGGGGUGUUCAUGCAGAUGCUACAUCUGAACAUGCCGAACUCAACGGUAAUCUUCUCCAAGCAUGGCUGCUCGCAUCUACCGCCUGCCUUCUUGGCGCUACUGUCUCCUUCACCGUUCUUCGCUUCCUCAUCGUUCACCACAGCAAGCGGGUCUCCUGGAUCAGUAACACCCUCAAUGAUCCCAAAUAUGUUGCUCUAUCCACAGCAGUGCGACAUAGAGGUCUGUCCAUGGCCAUCCUCAUUCGUUUCUGCCCCUUCCCAUUCGCGUACUCCAACCUCUUCUUCGCUAGCCUGGUGGACGCAGUUUCGUUCAAGCACUUUUUCGUCGCCACGGCACUCAUCACUCCGAAGCUCUUCUUGCAUGUUUGGCUGGGAACACGCAUGUUCCAGCUAAUGGAUCGGGAUCAGCGCGCUCAGCUCGAUGGCUGGGCGAAAGCGCUCAAUGUCAUCUACAUUUUGGUCGGAUCUGCCAUUGGUGUUGCUACAGGAUGGCUUGUCUGGUCUGAGACGACGAAAGUGCUGCAAGUUAUCGAGCGCGAACAGCAACAGUCUUCGUCGCAGGACCGACAAGCGUCUUCCAGCAGCAGUCGCGCCGACCUAACGGAGCAAAGCAACACGGCCGAAUCAUCGUACCGCGAUGCACCGACUCUCAGCAGCAAAAGUGCAGACAACGCUGCUUCGCCGUUCAUUUUAGACUUUGACCAAGAUGCUGAUGAGGUGGAAAAUCAGGUCGGGCAUAGCUCAAAUCGUGACGGUCGAAGGGAGGAUCCAAAGCAGAGUCUUCUUCCACAAUAG